AUGGGGGACAAGAAGAUGAAGAAGAAAGAGAAAAGAUCAUCCCCGAGAAAGGCGACCGCCGGCAGCCGCCGGGACGUCAAGCCGGAAUCCGAACAUCCGAGCCUCCCAAUCACCGUCGGUAAAAAAGACUGGCGACGGCAGCAGAUUAUACGUGCCAACAAAUCGGGAUCCGGCGUGGUCACCAAGUCAUGGGUUGUCCCAUCUUCCUCCUGUUGCAACCUUAAUCAGCCGCCGCGUAAAUAUUCGUGGCCUCAGCUUGCCCUAAUUGACAUCCCUCCCGAAAUCCGAACCACCGACGUUCCCGGAAAAUACAGCCUCAAGGGUUUUUUCCAUCAACGCCAAGCGACAUUGUAUUCUAACGAUAAAUUUCUUAUCUAUGGCCCGGACUAUUACAGUCUGCGCAAUGACAGCAGUGUACACUUCAGACGCACUGAGAGCUCCACCGGCUCCCAAUUCGCCUUCGUCAUAACCGGCCUUACUUCACCGGCUUUCGCAUUCCCUAAAGGAUACGACGAAUAUUACAGGUGCUAUGUGUCAAAUAUGAAGAACUGCACGGUUAUCGAGCCUUUCUCAACAACCGAUCAUCAAUACAUGGAGUUCACAAACCUUACCGGGCACCGAGGGAAAUUCUACGCCAUUAGCCGGCAGGGCAGCCUCGCAGUUAUCGAGUACAGUGAAGGUUCGAGCGAUUACGAAAUUACCCGUUUGGGAAAAAACCGAGCGGUCCCUAGUAAGGCAUGCCAGCACUUUAGGGAGCAUUUGUUCAAGUACAAAGGUGAAAUCUUUUUGGUGUUUUUGCUGUCGAUGGCUUCGGUGAAUGUGGUGGAUGACGUGGAGGUUUUCGGGUUGGACGAGUCGAGUCUAUGUUGGAAGAAAGUCGAGAAGCUUCCGGAUGAUACCGUGUUUAUCGUGGAGGACAAGUGUUGCUUGGGGGUCUCGGCGAGUUUAUUCGGGUGCAAAAUGGGGGAAAACUGCGUGUACUUCACGUACGAGAGGGCCGAAACUUGGUUUUGCUUCGACAUGAAAACGAGCCGCAUUUCGGCUACGGAGGGACCCGUGGACGAUUUUGAUUGA